CUCCCGUUCAUCCUCAGAGUCUCCGUCCAUCAUUGAUCCAUCAUUGAUCUGACGCCCCUCCUCCUCCUCCUCCUCUCACCUGCUGCUCGGACACGCCCCCCACAGCAGCGGUCCUGACGUGGACGCGCACGCUGUGAGCGCGCACACGGAGCCAGCGACUCUCCUCCGGAUGCUCUGCGCGUCGAGCGCAUCACAGAGCUGCUGCUGGAACCUCGGACAGCAUCACGGACGACGACGACGACAUCGACGACAACAACAAGAAGAAGAACAACAACAACGACAUCAACAACAACAACAACAACAUCAACAACGACGACGACAGUCGGACCGGCCUGCAGCAGGAGUUGUCCAGACCAUGUCUCUCUCCUGGAUUCUGCUCCCGGCGUUCCUGUUCACCAGCCUGGUUCUGUCGCACGGCGCCGAGCACGGAGUUCCUCAGGGCAAGAGGAGAACUCAGGCCUCAGCAGGCGGCAGCAACGUCCUGCAGCACCCGCCGCCGCCGGGGCCACGGGGCCGCGGCCACGGCAGGGACCACGGGGGCCAGGGGGGCCAGGGGGGGCUGCUCUCCCGCAGGCCUCUGCACCCGCUGGCCCGGCCCGAGGAUGACGGGACGGGCCUGGAGGGUCUGAGCCCGGUGAGACUGGAGAUGGGCCCGGGGAGGGACAGAGCUCGGAUGACUUUGAGGAAUCCAUCCCAGGUUCGAGAAAACAACCACCUGGGGACACGCAAAGGGAGGGGGCACCGACAGGGGGACGGGCCCCGACAGGGGGACGGGCCCCGACAUGGACACGGACACUUUGAGCACCGGAGGCAGGGGGGUCGACGGAACCACGGACGCCACAGAGCGUUUCCUGUGGACAGAGACGCGUUCGAGGACCUCUCCUCCUCCUCCUCCCCCUCCCUCGGAGCGACCCCGCCCAGCGAACCCCCCUCCCCCAUGGUCGCUGCCUUCGGCUCUGGCUCCUCCAUGGUUGCCACGGUGAUGAACGAGCAUCCCCCAACGCUGCCCCCGGCCUCCACCAAACCCCAGAGGUCGGGUCGAGGGAAGGGAGCAGGAGACGUGAUGCCGACGCUGGACAUGGCGCUGUUCGACUGGACCGACUACGAGGACAUGAAGCCUGCGGACAGCUGGCCCUCCUCCAGGAAGAAAGACAAGAGGCGGAGCAAGAACCUGAGCAGCGGGAACGUGACGGUGGAGUCGGACGCCGCCGAGCCGUGUGACCAUCACCUGGACUGUCUGCCAGGCUCCUGUUGUGACCUGAGGCAACACGAGUGUAAAGCUCACAACCGAGGCCUCAACAACAAGUGUUUCGACGACUGCAUGUGUGAGGAAGGAUUUCGUUGUUACGCCAAAUUCCACCGGAAGCGGCGUGUGACCAGGAGGAGGGGUCGCUGCGUGGUGCCGGAGUCCGUCACCAGCGACCAGGGAGGCUUCAUCACCAUCUGACGAAGAGGGAGGAGGACGAGGGACAGGAAGAACCAGCCGUGACCCCGUGACCCCGUGACCCCUUCAGGACAGUGCUGCCAAACAUCACAUGACACUGAAAACAGAGCAGGUGCUUCUGGGUGAUGUCUCACUUUGUCUUUCUUUUCUUUUCUUUUCUGUGAAGGAUCAGGUAAAACACAACAACAGGUAGUUUCCGUGGAAACACAGCUGAGUGUUGCAUUGUGGGAAAAGUCCCUGCUCACUAAUCCAGUCUUUAUUCCCUUGAUUGGUUCAGUAAACGUCUUCAUGUGGUUUUGUUUCACACUGAAAAGAUGCUUGAUACUGAAGUAGUGUUUUUUUCACUUCACCUGCUCCAACAAACACUAAACAUUAUUUAGUUUGAACAGUUUUGUAAAUAUGAAUGUGUUUGAUUUGCAAACAGUUCUUUUUGUUUUUUUGACGCCACUUCAAUUCAAAUGUACUUGACAGUAGAAGGAUAAACUGAACAUGUCUUAAUAUACGUUUUAUUAUUCAUGAGGAUUUGUCUAUAUGUUGUGGUUUCAUUUUCUUGAUUAAACACUAGGAUUCA